UAUAUUUGUCCUUGUGCCCUCUUUUAUCAUGCAGAAAUAAAUAUUUGAAAGCAAGAAAAGGAUUCAUCCUUCUCCAGGCAAUUUAUAGGAUGCAAAGGCAUAGAAGAGUGUUUCUGAAGCUGCAGAAUGAGAGACGCCAGAAAGAGAAGGCAAGAGACAAGCAGAAUGUGUUGAGACCGGCGCUGCCUACCCAGCAUGCCCCUCCAGACUCCUCAGCACCUCCAGCUUCAGUAGCUCCUCAAGCUGUGGAUACGGUGGAUGCAAAACAUGUUCCAGAAUUGGUGGAAAUUGAGAAACAAAUCGCAACAGACGUCACUCAUCUUGAGAUUCCAGCAGAUUUGGCUCUGGUGUUUGCCAGUAUCCAAGGCUGGACCUUGACUCAUGGAUCCUCAGUUCAUGAAAGUAGAGGAGACAUAAUUAAACACGAUUAUGCAUCGUCAAAGUUACCAGAAAACAUCAAUGACUUCCCUUUCUCAAAGUUUGCUCAAGAGAACUUUCAGAGUGAACAUCAAUGGCGAAUGGUGAGGUCCCCACUGAGAACCAGCUUGUUGCCUGUCAAGUAUUCUGACAGUGUCAUGGCUAUAGGACUCUUCCAGCUGGUCAUGCGAUUCAUGGACGAUAACUCUAUAACAGAUGCAAAAGAAUUUACUGUUGGAAAUUACCUUGUACAAAUGGGCAUUUUUAAACCUGAACUUCGCGAAGAGAUGUAAUGCCACCUUUGCAACCAGACCUGGGGGAACACUUCCGAUACAAGCAACGAACGCGGCUGGCUACUCCUUGCAUUGUUCCUCUGCUGUUUUGCCCCGUCUACAAGACUCUACAAGCCUCUACUCAAGUACAUUUCUGAUCAAGCUUUCAACGGCUAUAAAAGUUAUUGUCAACAUAAGUUGUUGUGUUGGGAUAUGAAUGGGUCUCCUGUAGCUCGGUCGCAUCCGCCUUCCGCGUUAGAGUGGCAAGCGGCAAAGAUGAGAGUCAACAUGGCUGCCGAGUGCCAUUUUCCUGACGGAGAAAGGAGGACGACAGAAGUUGAAUCUUGCACAACUGGAGAAGAUGUUGCAAAAUCGAUACUAGAAGACAGAGGGAUUGAAGAUGCGAAGGGUUGGACUGUUGAUUUGGAGACAGGCAACUGGCAUUGUACCCUGGCAGGCAAGGAUUAUAUUCUUGAUCUCGUUUCCGAACUGGAAUACCCACCUGCCUUUCCUUUGUCUCGAUCAUCUUCGCUACUAACUGUGAAGCCAGGCUGCAAUAUUCCUCCAGGUCAGCUGGAGACAUUGUCCAACCUUCACAUGCCGCAAGCUCGUGGAAGAAGCGUCGCAGAAAUUGCCCACAAAUUCACUACUGUUGAGCAGCAGCCACCCUCCGAGCCAGUACACACACAACGAGAAGAUGCGUUGAGUGCAGCUACAUCAGCAAGGAUUGCAAGUGCUAAUUACCACGGACCGGUAGAAGACAACCUUGUUCAAAGGACGAGAUUAGGAAGCAGCUCUCUUCGUGUGGAAUCAGCCCCACCCCCUCCCCCUCCAAAUGCGUUCG